AUGAAAGAUUAUAAUAUCAAAAGAUUAAUUGGAAUAUUAGUACUAACAGUCAUCAUCACUAUCAGCAUAUUUGUAUCAUCUAUAGGAAUACCAUUAACACCAAAGGCAACUAUAUUAUCUACAUCUACUUCAGCGACAUCUAAUAACAAAGCCAUGGGUACCAAACCAUAUAUUAUCACCUUAAAAGAAGACGCCAGUGAUGAGGCUGUUUCUGGAAUCAAAAAGUGGGUUUCUGAAAUCGGCGGAGAAAUCACCAGUGAAUAUGAAUUGAUUAAGGGAUUUGCUGUUAAAUUGCCAGUUGGUAGUGAUGCUCAAGCUUUAGAAGCUCAUACUGCUGUUCACAGUGUUGAAGAAGAUCAAGAAGUUCAUAUCCAAUAA